AUGAAAGUCUCCAGUGCUCCCAAUAAUGAGUUCCGCAUUUGUUACAUUUUUUUUGUCGCAGUUUUUGUCCACUUUCACGUUACCGUUAAUGGCGUGUCAAAAUGUUAUUUCUGUCAAGAUUCAUGUCAGGAGCCUCCACAAACCGUAGAUUGUCCUCCUGGUGGGCGCUGUAUGGCUAAUGGAGUCAUCUAUGACAGUGAACACCGAAUCCAACAAAGAACAUGCAUUGUUGCCAACAGCACACUCGAGGAGAAAUGCGCCAAACUCAAUCAGACUAAAGAUGCAUUUUGUUAUUUUUGCGACACUGAGCUUUGUAAUUCUAAAGGAUUCUAAAUCGAGAUUCUAAAUAAAAUUGUUGGUAAAAUAAGCCAAAAUAACAACUUUGUACGUUGCGUAAGGUUAAAUUAAUUUUUCUUUACAAAUGUAACAAGAUCUGUUUUGUUUAUCCAGCUUGUCACAAUUUUCUUAUCAAUCGUAUUACGAAUGUUCACACAUUUUUUAAAUUUGACGUCGCAAAAACCUGGAAAUAAAAUUUUUAGAUGUU